AUGUUAACUGAUGAUAAAAUUAUAGAAUUAAUAAAAGAACCAGAAGAGAAACUAAAUAUUAAAGAACCAGAAAUUUCAAUUAUUAGUAAUCAUGAAGCAUUAGCAUUACGAAAAAUAGUAGAAUGGAAAAAGUUCCAUUCAAAACACCAAGCUACAUUAGAUUCAUGUUUGAGAAAUAUAAAUAAGAUUAAUACUAAUGAAGAAUAA